ACAUUGAGCGAGGAUUUCACCUGCAGCACGACACAAGGCGCACGGUCUCACACACACACGACAGAGAAACAUACACAGCAGGUAAACGCACACAUACACACGCGCGCGCACACGUCGUUGACCCGCAGUUGGAGUCAUGUCUGUAGCCGGACUGAAGAAGCAGUUCCACAAAGCCACUCAGAAAGUGAGUGAGAAGGUGGGAGGAGCUGAGGGAACAAAGCUUGAUGAUGACUUCAUGGAAAUGGAAAAGAAAGUGGACACUACCAGCAGGGCGGUGAUGGAUAUCAUGACCAAAACCACGGAGUACCUGCAGCCCAACCCAGCGACCCGUGCUAAGAUGAGCAUGAUGAGCUCCAUGUCUAAGAUCCGCGGGGGUGAUAAGGGUCCGGGAUACACACAGACUGAGACCGUACUGGGAGAGUCCAUGCAGAAGUUCGGCAGGGAACUGGGCGAAGAAUCCAACUUUGGCCUGGCUCUAAUCGAUGCUGGAGAGGCGAUGCGGGAGCUGGGGGAGGUGAAGGAUGCGCUGGACAUGGAGGUCAAGCAGAACUUUAUCGACCCCCUGCAGAAUAUGUAUGACAAGGACCUGAAGGAGAUUCAGCAUCACCUGAAAAAGAUGGAAGGCCGUCGUCUGGACUUUGACUAUAAGAAGAAGCGGCAGGGCAAAGUGACAGAUGACGAGAUCAAGCAGGCUCUGGAGAAGUUUGAUGAUUCAAAGGAAAUAGCAGAGCAGAGCAUGUUCAACCUGCUGGAGAGUGACAUUGAGCAGGUGAGUCAGCUUGCUGCUCUGGUCCAGGCACAGGUGAACUACCACAGACAGGCCACUGAGAUCUUACAGCAACUUUCUGACAAAAUGGAAGAAAGAAUAAGAGAUGCUUCCAGCAAGCCAAGGAAAGAGUAUGUGCCCAAACCUCGAACCUCCAUGGACUUCAGCUCCAGUGAGACCCACAACGGGGGAAUCAGCCAUAUCUCACGCUCUCGCUCACCAGCUCCUAUGGAUCAGCCGUGUUGUCGGGCUCUGUAUGAUUUUGAUCCAGAAAAUGAGGGCGAGCUCGGCUUUAAGGAAGGUGACAUCAUCACCCUGACCAAUAAGAUCGAUGAGAACUGGUACGAGGGGAUGAUCCACGGCCAGUCUGGCUUCUUCCCCGUCAACUACGUCGACGUCCUGGUGGCUCUGCCGCACUAAUCUCCAGAUACACACCCACGAAUAUCGCCCUGAACCCCCGAUUCCCACCACACACACUCCUCCUGCGAUUAUGACAAACACACCAGACAUGAACAGCAGCUUUGUGCAUGAGGAAAAAGUGCAUUCGCGCUUUGGACGAUUUGCAAUUUGCCAUUGGCACAACCUUACUGUUAUUGAGUUGGAGAACUAUCCUAUGCUUUCGGUUUGUUUAUUUUUCAUGAUUAUGUUUUAUCUUAAGGAGGUGUUUUUCUUUUUUUCUUAGUUAUUUAUUUGUUUGUUUUUUUCUCGGUUUGCUUUUGAGAUGGUGUGAAAAAGUGAGUGCCCCAACCACCCAAUCCCAAUCUGUUUUC